GUGGGCGCUCGCGGUGGAGCUCGCGGCGCGCGCGGCGAGGGAGGAGGAGGAUGAGGGAACGCGACGAGGGAACGCGAGCUCGAGCGGCGGCGGCGCGAGCGCGGAGGGGGAAGAGAGCGCGAGCGGGGGUGGGAUCGGGACGGCGGUGACGGUGGCGCGCGCGGUUGGAAAGUUUAAGCAGCGAGGAAUGCGUUCGCCGUCGUUGAGGGAGCGGGAGGAGAGGUUGGUGGACGGCGCGACGGACGCGUUCGGCGAGGCGAUUCCGAGCGAGGUGUACGCGUGGGGAUGGGAAGCGGACGUCACGCGCGAGAGCGCGGCGGCGAGCGCGGCCGGUGGUGGAUUCGCGACGAAAACGGCGCGUUGGCGGCGCGUGGACACGCCGCGCGUGCUCGAGGGAACGGAUACUUUGGACGUCGUGGAAAUAGCCAUCGGCGCGCGGCACGGUUUGGCGCGCACGCGCGCCGGCGCCGUGUAUUCCUGGGGUGAGGGCGCGGGCGGUAAGCUCGGACUUCCGUCCGCUCAAGACGCAGAGAUGCCCACGCGCGUUGAGCUCGACGGUCGCGCCGUGACGCUGGCGUGUGGAGUCGCGCACUCGCUCGCCGUGGUGCGAGACGCGGACGCGUCUUCAGACGGAGACGGCGGCGACGCGUGCGUUUGGGGCGAUCCGAACGCGGCACCGGGGCUGCUCGGGCGCCCGGAAGCGCGCGCCGUGACGUUUUUCCCGGGUAAAAUAUCUUUCGCGAUGGAUUCAAUUUCCGCGGGGGGUGGCGUGAAGGUGGUACAAGUGUCUUGCGGACCGUGUCACACGGCGUGCGUGACGGAGACGGGUGCGUGUUUCACGUGGGGAGAGGGUUCGUUCUACGCCCUCGGCCACGGUGAUCGAGAGUGCCAGCGCGCUCCCCGGGAAUUAGAGACAUUUCGCCGCGAUAACCGCGUCGUGCUUCGCGUAGCGUGCGGCGUCUGGCAUACGGCUGCAAUCGUCGCCGCCGUGGGAAACACGAUUCGCAAAGUGCCCGUCGUCGCGGACGACGACGAAUUCGACACCGUGGAUGGAGAGUUGUUCACCUGGGGCGACGGAGAAAGCGGUCAACUCGGUAUACGUGGCGUCGAAGAAGCAUCCGUGCCCACGGCGACUUCAGACCAGUUAGGAAAGCCAGGUAGCGAAGUCUGCAACGUGAGCUGCGGACAGCAUCACACCGUCGCGUUGACUUCAAAGGGUGACGUGUGGCUCGCCGGGUGCGUGGGCAAAGUAGAUAAUUCCCUCCGCGUCAAAGUGUUUACGCGAUUACCGAAUUUCGAAACAGGAUCUGUGAGUGCGGUAGAGAGCGGCGAUAAUCACGUCGUCGCCGCGACACGAGAUGGACGAGUCUUCUCGUGGGGCGUCGGUAAAAACGGAAGGCUCGGUCACGGCAAAAACGACCGUGACAAAGCCGCUCCAGAAGAGAUUGAGUCUUUGCGCGGGCGCACCGUUCUGAGAAUAGCGUGCGGCCCGACGUCGAGCGCUUGUGUACUCAAACCAGCUCGCAUGACGACCAAGCAAAAAGCGAGCAUGGUGCGUUUGUCCACGUUUUCCCUGAAGCAAGCGAUUUCGUCGUUCAGAGCAGACGACACUUCAACGCGAGCUCUCGAACGAAGAGAUGGCGACGGUAGCAACGUAGAUACCGGCUCAACGUCCUCGUAUAGCACGAAACGAGAUCAACGAAGUAGUGGUACCAGAUCGCGCAACGGUGGCCGCGGUAGUCAAGGCUUGCGAAACGAAAAGCAAGCGCAUCGAAUCAUGAGCGUGCUGAGCCCGACGUUUGAGAACAUAGCGAAAACGUCGAAUCGAAUCGCCGGCGGCGAAACCACGAAAGCCACACCUCAGUCAUCGCAUCGUAUGACACCCGCGUCGCCGAACGCAGUCUUGGCGCAAGCAGUGCAACCGAUGAAGUUGGAGUUCCGUAACUCGAUCCGAGUCGAGGAAGUUGUCCUUCCUGAGACGCCCGCGUCGCCUGCGAUUGAACCGGCGCCGUCCCCGCCGCAGAUCGAGAGGGAGCCGCCGCCGACUGAACCGCCGCCAGCACCAUCACCAGUAACGUCUAGCGACCAUAUGCGCGACGUUGACGUCGAUAAAUACUUCAUGGACCGCGCGCGCCGCACCGCAAAUGAGGCAGAAGCGCAGCUCAUACGCCUCGCGGAAGAAGAGGCCGUGUUGGAGCGCGCGAUGCAAGCUGCCAUCGCCACCAAGUCAAAGGUGGUCAGAAACGCUCCUCCGCAGUCGCCUUCGAAGGCGACGCGAACGGUGAUCGCUAAUGUUGGUCGGAGUGCCAUGCGACGUGCGGAUUGCGCGAGCAUUCCAAUCGGUGAAGCGCGCGAAUGGAUCGACGAGGUUGAAAACGGCGUAUUCAUGACGCUGCGAACGCACGGCGAUCGCACGAUUCUCAAACGUGUGCGCUUCAGCAAGCGCAUAUUUAGCAACGAAUUAGCCAAACAGUGGUGGGAGGAAAACAAAGAGCGCGUUAUACGCGAAAACGAUCUCACCAUUCUCGCGCCUGCUUAAAACAU